AUGACAGAACCUACCACGAGAGACUUUCUUAUCCACCUCAACCAAGGCAACUUUCAGGCUGCACUUGAUUUAGCAGAUGAUUUGCAACUGGACAAGGGCCUCGUCUACAAAGCCCAAUGGACAAAACGCAUUAUAGAACGCGGUUCUCAAUUGCAACCGAAAGAUGUCGACCUCUUGAGCCUGAUUCAGGAUGAUGCGUGGGUAAUCGGCCAAUGUCUUGAGGUCUGUAUCAAUGAACCUAAAGUGCAGCAACAAAUCCUUGACAUUGCUGAAGCACGUAUCAAGGCACUCACCACCCCCAUCAUCAACGACAAGAAGCUCGAUACACCCAAAGCAGCACACAACUUGACAGCACAAGACAAGACCCUGUUGAGAUGCCGAGCAUUGCUUUUGAAAUACAAGGAUCGCCUUAAUACAUUCAACAAGAUGUGGCCUAGUCUUUCAUCCACCACGCACCAGCAAACCGGCAACGCUUCAUUUGCAACAGCGUACAGCCAGUUUCGAGACAGCAAUUUGAUUGCUCAAGCCAUCGAGUACGCUCGCUCGGAAAACCAUGUCGCUCUAGACGCCAUCUUUAUGCACCACGGCAGCGAUGUGCUUCCACACCGUCUCUUUAUCCUAUCUCAAAUCCCAGAAACAGCAGACUUUACCUCGUUUGAUUUACCUCACGUCACACAUGACCAUGAAGAUACUUGGCCGGAAGAGCCAUGGCGAGAUCAAAAGGACGUAGUGGAGCAAGAUUGGAUGCAAGCGUUGAUUCAUGUACAAGUGCCAGAAGAAGCAGAGUAUCUGGAUCGAUUGAAAGGAGGCAUAGAGACGACCACGUACCCUACAUCAGCUUCUGUCAUUGCAGACUGGUACAUGGAGCGUGCUCAUGCUGCUGAUGCCAUUGGCCUGAGUAGCAAUGCGUUGGAGAUUUGUCGAUAUGCACGUGUGAUGGGUGUCUCUGGUAUUGAUACCCAAGUGUCAGAAUACGAAUGGCUUUGCAAGUAUAUCUAUCGCGCAAAAGCAACAUUGGAUCGAGAGGAAGCCUAUGUGGAUUUGGAAAGAUUUCGUCGCAUGUCAAGUUACGACAUCUUGGAGGGACUACUAAGCACAACAGACGCAGCAAACAUUGUGGAUGACAUGUUGAGACUAGCAUUACCUUGGAUAGCAGUGGCAAAGAAGAGAAAAUACAGCAGUGACCAUAAGGAGGAGGAUGACCACACCAAAAAAGAGUUUCUGCUUUACCGCUGGCUGCUGGAUCCUGCUGUGGUGGAUGCUCAUUUAGACUGGUGUUGUGUGGUGUUUGAACAUUCCAAACCUACCAUUGCUGUAGAAGACCGCAUUAUCAAGGAUGAUUUGGACUUGUCUCGACUGGUGUUGGCCAUUGUCUAUUCUGGCAAUGGAUCCAUGGAGUACCUGGUGCGUUUAUUUGAGUGCUUGCCUAUAUUCGAUGAGAUUGAUGACACAUCCAAUGACCCCACAGAUAUGGCAGCUAUGAUACCCAACGCAACAUCAGCCAUGGCCAUUUUUAUGGCGCUUCAAACAGUGGGCGCUUUCGGAUUGACUCAAAUGAUGGAUACGUUGCAGAACCACUUGGGCUCUGCUGAAACCUUGGCAAGAUACAAUGCUAGUGUGCCUUUGAGAUGGUAUUUAGAGGAUCAAUCAGUGGAAGCACAACGUCAAUUAUGUGUGCGCAUGUCUUCUCAAGCUGCGGGCGGUGUCGAAAGCGGCGGUGUCAAGUUUGAUCGUGAUGAUGACUGGCGUGAACUGUUGGAUGACAUGCUUCGUUUGAAAGGGGAUGGUCAAGGCGUGUUUGGAAAAUUGGAUCCUGCGGAAAUCCUAGAGAUAUUCUUUAGUUCGUUAUUGAGAUGUGGUCGAUUCAAAUUGGCAAAGGAACUUAUCUUGGGAUCCAACAAGAUCAUGGACAUUACAAAAGCGGAACAUUUGGUGAUUGAUGCCGAACGCGAAUUCUUUGAUAACGCCACCUCUGGUAAUAUGAACUCUGGCAGCAUGAAGCAAGCUUGGGAAUGUCUCAAAAUCCUUCCUCCCACCACUGAAAUCAGAAAGGAAAUGGAUCUCAUUGAAGCAACGCAUAGCCUCAUCCACGAAUACAAGGUGCAAGACCGUCCUGGCAUCACUCUUAUGCCCAUUCAAAUUAGACAAUCACACAACAGACUGGAACUCAUCUCAAAACUGAUCAACAAUCGAACUGGCAUGUAUCAACGACAUGAGCAAGUGUUGGAAUUGGUGCGUAAGUUGGGUUUUGGAAACGAUUUGCUUGCCAAGGUAAAGACAUUGGCCAUGUUGGCAAGUGCAGCUCUUGUGGAAGGAGAUUAUUUGGCAUCCUACAGACUCUGUCAAAUCACGACCAUGGAGGCCACUAAUAAGGACACCACAAAGCAUCACAACAAGCAGUACUAUGACGAGGCGAAUCAAUCCGCAUGGCAGAUUUGCUUCAAUUUAGGCAAAGUAGAAGCAUUUGACGAUGUCAGCCGCCGAUUAGAUGUCUUGUCCAUGGCAUUGAGCUUAAGCCCUGCAGAGAACAUCGGUGAUGUCUUGACAGUAUGGAGAAAGCUGGACGCAGACACACCUAGUCAAAUUGCCUUGGCUCAAUUAAGUGCUACCAACAACAACCAAGACCAGAACGCAAGCAGUCGUCAUCAGUCAGAUAAGGGAUGGCAUGGAUUGUUACAGAAUGCUACAAAACAAUGGAAGCUGGGUGAUUUGUUAGCAACUAGUGGAGCAGGCGAGCAGCAGGAGGGCACAAGAGAUGGUGAUGCUGCUGGUGGAGGCAAGCGAAAGAGAGACAUCCUUCGAGAUACUGUUGGUGGAUGGCUCUUUCAAUGA